UUCUCCUCAGAAAAGCGCUCUACAACACGUGUAGCUCGUGUUUGGGCCAAUCAGUUCUAGAGGCUCGAGCAGACGGGUAUAAAUCUGUGGCGGUUGCCGUAGAGACGCCUGCCACCGAAGAGUUGAACGCAAGAGCCCCUGAAAUCUCGUAAGGAAAACGUGUGAUGAGAACCAAGUUGCAGUACAGCAAACUACCUACACUUUCCCUCUUCAUGGCGUUUGGACAUCAGGAUGUCUGAUGUGAAAGUGUGUCCCGCUGUGAGUGGAAACCCCCCUCCGCCUGACGUCAUAAAUCAUAAGAAGCCCGGACGUGUAACCAAUCAGCUGCAGUAUCUGGAGAAGGUGGUGAUCAAAGCUUUAUGGAGGCAUCAGUUCUCGUGGCCCUUUCGCCAGCCAGUUGAUGCAGUAGAACUGCGUCUCCCCGAUUAUUAUACAAUUAUUACAAAUCCCAUGGAUCUGGGCACUAUCAACAAGCGUCUGCAAAACCAAUAUUACUGGCAAGCACUUGAUUGUAUUAAAGACUUCAACACCAUGUUCACCAACUGCUAUGUGUACAAUCGGCCUGGAGACGACAUUGUUUUUAUGGCCCAGACUCUGGAGAAGCUUUUUCUGCAGAAAGUGUCCCAAAUGCCGAAGGAAGAGUUUGAGGUCACAUCAAUCACUGCAAAGGAACCAGUGAAGGGGAGAAAGAUGAAUGCAGGUGCUAUAAAGCAGAAAUCCCUUGUGUCAGAAGUUGUUCUCCAGCAGACAGUGACAGUCAUUCCUCCUGAUGUGCCUCAGUUCAUCCAGCCCAUCCAGCUCUCAGCACAAAUUGAUGCCACAAUUAAAAAAGGUUUUAAGAGGAAAGCAGACUCUACGCCCUUCACUAACUCAGUGAUCAAUGGCGGCGAGGUGCCCCAAGCUGAGGAUCAUUCAGCACCUUGUACAUUAUUCUCUAGGAGAGGCAGUGGAAGACCCAUUAAACCUCCUAAGAAAGACUUGCCGACCUUUGAGGGCAAGAAGGUCAAGCUGUCUAAGCAGCUCUGGUACUGCAACAAUAUCCUGAAGGAAAUGCUCUCAAAGAGACACUAUCCAUAUGCCUGGCCCUUUUACACCCCUGUAGAUGCAGUUGCUUUGGGCUUACACGACUACCACAACAUCAUCAAACAGCCUAUGGACCUGAGCACCAUCAAGAAAAAAAUGGAUCAACGAGAGUAUGCAAGUGCAAAGGAAUUUGCUGCUGAUGUCCGACUUAUGUUUUCCAACUGUUACAAAUACAAUCCACCUUCACAUGAGGUGGUCUACAUGGCAAGAAAACUGCAGGAAGUUUUUGAAGCCAGAUAUCUGAAGGUUCCCCAGGAAGCAGAGCAUUGUUCCAUCCCUCAACAGCAGGCUGACAAAGGAAAAGGAGACCUAGUUGGGAGUCUGUCGACCUCAGUAAGUUCUGAAAGUGAGAGCUCUUCAGAGGCAGAGGGUACAUCAGAGGUGGUGGCCACGCAGCUUGCAGAUCUGAAGGAGCGGUUGAUGUCUGUCACGGAUCAGCUGAAGAAGCUUACACAAGAGCCCCUGAUGAAACCAAAGAAGAAAGACAAGCUGAAAAGGGAGAAAAGAACCAAAGAAAAGCAUAUCACUAAACUAAAGCACAAAUCUUCAAAAUACAAAGCUAUUGUGGAGAAAAUGACCAACAGAAAGAGCUCUGCUUUGCAUAGUAACAGACCUUUAAAAUGUGAGGAAGAGCUCGCGUCAGUACCAGUGACUUACCAGGAGAAGAAGCAGUUGAAAUUGGACAUCAACAAGUUGCCUGGUGACAAACUGGGAAAGUUGGUGAACAUCAUUCAUGCCAGGGAGUCCUGUCUGCGGGGCUCCACUCUGGAGGAGAUUGAAGUUGACUUUGAAAUGCUUAAGCCUUCCACACUGAGAGCGCUGCAGAGGUUUGUUGCAGCAUGUCUGAAGAAAUGCAACAAGAUUGUAAGCCAAAAGAAGCUGGUGAAGCCCACAGGAGGAAUGAAGACUGGGAAACCUAAGGAUGCUGGUAAAUCUCAGGUUGUCAGUAAAGAGCAGAACCCCAUCAAGAAAAAAAAGCCGGCAGCUAAAGUCAUACCGCCUCCUGACUUAAGCUACUCUCCAUGCCUCAGCGAAAGCAGCAGCAGCAGCAGCAGCAGCAGCAGCAGCAGCUCGUCAUCCAGCUCCGACAGCAGUAGUGAUUCUAGCACUUCUGAUAGCAGUGACUCUGAAUCAGUGCCAAAAACAAAGAAGCAGAAAAGUAAAGAGUCUUGCCAAAAGCUUAAGAAGCCAAAGGUUGCUCGUGCUGCCUGCGGUAAGCAGAUACUGGACACUAAAGACUUGACAAAAGCUUCAGUCAAGACGUGUCAGCCUGCUGUACAGUCCCCGGUAGCACAAGCCAAAGGCCACCCAACACACCAUAAUGCCGACCGGACCAGUAAGGAGCUGACUUUAUCACCUCCAGAUCUGUCUGCCCUUUUGUCCCCCAUGGCAUCACCAGGAGUUCUGAUGGACUGGGCCGCUACCAGAUUUGAGCAGGGACCGGUGCUGUCCCCUCUGAGAGAAAGCCCAUGGCAAUCCAACGAUGAGACAAAUUUCAGAUACACUGAGGAUUUUCCAGACAGUCAGGUGACAAAGGUGCCUUACACCAACACAGCAAGUAAAUCUGCUGAAGAGGAAAAAUCCCACGUUCCAAAAAAGGACCUUGUUCUGAAAAACGCUGAGUCUUGGGCGAAACUGGUGAGACAGUCGCUCACUCCAACUGCAAUCAAGUCCUCAAAAGAAAGCUUCCAGCAGUUCCGCAAGGCGGCAAUAGAAAAGGAAGAACGUGAAAAAGCACUGAAGAGGAAACAGGAGGAAGGAAACAAGGAGAGGGGGGCUCCAGAAAAGAGCAGCUUACCAGGUCCAUGUAAAACAGAAACAAACUCACAACCUUUUAAAGAAGAACCCAAUUCACCAGAGAGCACUUGCAAAGACACUACCUCAGAAUCUCCCGAAGAUGUUGAGCAGCAAAUGCCUCCCGAGUCUCCCACAGAAAUACAAGCCGUCGCCACACAGUCCUCGGAGAGAGAGCUGGCUCGCAGGAAGGAGCAAGAGCGUCGCAGGCGAGAGGCUAUGUCUGGUAUUGACAUGACCAUGCAGCGGGACAUCAUGACUUCAUUUGAGCUUAACCUGGACUAAAACUGGGGGGAAAAAAGCUCCUUCGUGCAAGACUUGUGUGUCAUCUCAGAGAAUAACUGAGCUGUUCGUUCUUUCCUGGGCACAGAAGACGACUUCAUGUCAACCUUAUGUAUGUUCCUGAGAAUUUAAAAAAAAUAAUAAAAUGUUAAUUGUGAAAAGAAACACAGAAUAAUAAUAAUAAAUGGGCUUUGCCCUUAAUUUGUAUUUUGAAAUGGUUGUUAAAUGUGUUCACUGACGCACUAUUGAAUUUGAGGUGAUCGGGACGAGGCACUGUCGAAAUUUAAACCUGCAUCACAUCAUUUGGCAUGUUUUUUUGUUUGUUUGUUUGUUUGUUUGUUUGUUUGUAUAUUUUUGUUGAGUCCUCCCAGCCUUGGUGCCAGUACGACAAGCUAAUUAAUGCAUCCAUACACUGUAGUUAAAACCCCAACUUGUUGUCUUGUUUGCUGAAUUGUGCAGUGUUGUUUUGUUCCUCUGUUAAGUUACCCUGUUAGAUGAACUUUUUGCCACCAUGUUUCAUUUUAUCCCCACUCAAAAAUAUACUAUGUAAAGAAAAUACUGAUUUCUAUGAAUAUGUAACUUGCACGCACUACAGAGUACCUUCUGAACAAAGAUUGGUUGGUCUCCUUGCCAAAGUUUCCAACAUGGAAAAGGAAUUGAAUAGUCUCAGUUCCUCACUUGCUUGACUACUUGAAAAAACGCCAUACACUGUGUUAACUGUACACGCACUGCACUUUGUUGUUCAUACAGUUCUGCCUGUUCCAAAAUUGUGUUUUGGAGAUUAUCAACAUAUUCUGUAUGUUACAGUUGUAUAUGCUUGAAUAAAUUUCUUUCUUUCUU